UUUACUUCGUAGACGAAUUGUACAACGAGAAAAACGAAUUGAAGGGAACCGAAUAGGGCUCCCGUUUGUUUUGUAGCUCCACUAAUAAAUUAAUCAGUGAAGGAAUUCUUAAGGGCGAAUCAGUUGUAGUGAGCAAAUCUCGAACGCCCUUGUGGUCGCCACAGGUAAGUUGACAGUUGAAAUAUGGAUCUUUUGGUGAUAACAUCAUUUCUAGGUUUUGUAUUGUGCGUGUUAAUUGUUGCGCCUCGUAUUCGUAAAUCUGAUAAUGGGAAACUGGUGAAGUCUCCUGUUAGUGCCAAGGCGUUGAAAGUGUACACCAAAGACGAAGUUUCAUUGCACAACAGAAGGACCGACUGUUGGAUUAUCAUUAAAAAUAAGGUUUAUGAUGUCACCUCUUAUGUAGAAGAACACCCUGGUGGUGAUGCCAUCCUGGCACAUGCUGGCGAUGAUUCUACUAAAGGUUUCUUUGGGCCACAACAUGCUACCCGCGUCUUUGACAUGAUUGAGGACUUUUAUAUAGGAGAUUUAGUGAAGUGAUUAUGGUUUACAUGAGAACUGUACACUUGUAUUUUGGUGAAUGAAUAAAUUGUCGAGAUGGUUUAAGGAGCUUUAUACACACAGCACAUAGUAAAAUUGAAUUUGUGCGAUAUGCCUUUGGUGCGAAUAUCACGGGUCUAGUUAUGGUAUAUUCGUUUCAUCAUAAAGUUCUGUGAUUUCGAUGUAGAAGUUUUUU